UGAUUCUGUUGGGCAUAAAGCUUCUGCGGUCCCCUCGCAUUGAGAUUUCUCUGGCUGCCAUCUUCCGGCAACGACAAUGACAGCCACCACCAUCCCAUCAGGGACAUCUGUCUCUGCCUCCAGCACACCAACAUGCUUUCCGAUGACCCCGAAUGAGGUCGGCUACGUGCCGCCCGAGGGAUGUGGCAAUCUCCUCAUGUACGAAGCUAGCUUCGUGGCUCCUGUCCUUUUUUGCGUCUUGUUUGGACUCACUACCAUCGCCCAUUUUGCCCAAGCGUUUGUAUACAAGAAGCGCUAUGCCUGGGUCAUCAUCAUGGGUUCUCUGUGGGAGCUAAUGGCCUUCAUCAUGCGUGCUCUCUUCGCCAAGGACCAGAGCAGCGAAGCCUACGAUACUUGUCACGUAAUCUUCUUCCUCCUCGCCCCCAUUUGGGUCAACGCGUUCAUCUACAUGACACUCGGUCGCCUCGUUCACUUCUUCAUCCCCAACAGGCGUCUGGGCGGGCUACCCGCCAAACGAUUCGGGCUCGUCUUUGUGUGGCUCGACAUUACGGCUUUUGCCGUGCAGUUGGUCGGCGCAGCCUUCACGACCGGCUCAGACAAUUCGGCAGAGACGACCAUGAGGGGUGUGCACAUCUACAUGGGGGGCAUUGGACUCCAGGAACUUUUCAUUCUCGUCUUUGUCUGGUUUCUGGUGGUCCUGCAGCGCAGGAUUGCGCGUCUGGAGCAACAUGGCGCGCUUGACGUCGAGAAGCAAUCCACUGGGUUGAAUAGCGUCCGCGAUUGGCGCUGGCUCUUCUACGCCAUGUACGCCACCCUAUUCCUCAUCUCUGUGCGCAUCUUUUUCCGGUUGGCACAAUACGCGCAGGGUACGGACCUGAGCAACCCAGUCCUCACCCACGAGUGGUACGAGUACGUCUGGGAUGCGGCGCCAAUGUUCAUUGCGCUGGCCAUUCUGAACGUUGUGCAUCCUGGCCAAGUCCUGAGAGGGCCUGACAGCGAGUUUCCGCGGAUGAGUCGUGCGGAGAAGAAGGAGCGCAAGCGGGCAAAGAAGCAGAGCAAGGCGGAAGAGAGGGAAGUGAAGAAGCGGGCCAAAGCUGAGGAGAAGGAAGCAAAGAAGGAAGCGAACAGUGGGAGCGCUGCAUUAGACACUCCGUCUACUCAUCAAUGA